AUGGCUGUUUUUUAUCUAUUCGUUUCUUGAUACCGUUAUGAACGACUUCAACUUGUUACGUUUACGAGUAAAAUGCAUGUAAAUAGUGUAAAUAUCGUGAAAUCAAUAGACAUGUAAUUUUAUUUGUUCGAAAUCGUUAUAUAAAUUUGUUAAUUCAUCAUCAUGGCUGAUAAGAGACAGCAAAAUUUGUCAAAAGAAGAAAUAGCAAAGCAAUUUAUGCUGCCAGAGAGGAAAAGCAAAAUAGCAACAUUAUUGAAACAGGAUGGCCAAGCAUAUUGUAUUUGUAGAAGCUCUGAUAGUUCUCGCUUUAUGAUAGGAUGCGAUGCUUGUGAAGAAUGGUACCAUGGAGAUUGUAUAAACAUAACUGAAAAGGAUGCCAAGCAUAUUAAACAAUUCUUCUGCAUUCGAUGCAAGGAAGAAGAUCCAACUUUGAUAACACGAUACAAACCACGCAGGACAGAUCAAGAGGACAGGAAACACAAAAAAUACAAAGAGAAGGAAAGAGGACAUCGAUACGAAUAUGAUGCACCUUGGGCCCCAAAUGUAGAGAAGAAAUCUUCAAAACGUUGUGGCGAGUGUACAGGAUGUCAACGUACAGAGAACUGUGGGAAGUGCGAUGCUUGCAGGCACCUGAAGAAAUUUGGGCCCUCGGUGCGAUUGAAGCUUAGAUGCAUUCAAAGAACUUGUCGCGUAAUGGGCGAUCCGCUUAAACCGUCAAAGAGUCUCAACAAAGGUACGAAAUUCAUUAAGAAGCGAAAGCGGGACUCAAGUAACGAGAGGAACGAUUACUUGGAGCCGCCACGUCAAUGCUACGGGUCCAUGUGCACGAAGCAAUCCCGACCCGGCAGCAAAUACUGCUCCGACGACUGUGGCUUGAAGUUGGCGACUAGCAGGAUAUACCAGGUGCUACCGCAACGAUUGCAAGAGUGGUCGCUAACUGCGUGCAUCGCGGAGCAAAACAACCGACGCGCUCUGGAAUCCGUGAGGAAGCAGCAGCAUGAUGUUCGUAGAAUACUCCAGGAAUUGGACAAGCGACACGUCGAGUUAGACCGUAUCAUCGAACGUGCGAAACUUGCAAGCAUUGAUCCGCAUGCCGAAGUGGACGAUAAUGAUGAUACGGAGAUGAGCAUGUACUGUAUCACCUGUGGCCACGAAAUUCACUCAAGGACCGCCAUCAAACACAUGGAGAAAUGUUUCAAUAAAUACGAGUCGCAAGCAUCUUUCGGUUCAAUCUUCAAGACACGCAUCGAGGGUCAGGUGAUGUUCUGCGACUUUUACAAUCCCGGGAACAGGACCUACUGCAAGAGGCUGCGCGUUCUCUGCCCGGAGCAUUGUAAGGACCCGAAGAUCGGUGACAGCGAGGUGUGCGGCUGCCCGUUGGUCACGAACGUGUUCGACGCCACAGGCGAGUUCUGCCGCGCGCCCAAGAAAAGCUGCGUGAGGCACUAUAUGUGGGAGAAGUUGCGACGCGCGGAGAUCGAUAUGGAGAGGGUGAGGCAGUGGCUGAAGAUCGACGAGCUUGUGGAGCAAGAGAGGCAGAUUCGAUCAAACAUGGCAACACGAGCUGGUGUGUUGGCUCUUAUGCUGCAUUCCACGUACAAUCAUGAGCUGAUGGAACAGAUGACGAAGGAGCAGAACAGAGAGCAGUUGGAGGCGAUGGAGAAGGAGCUGCAAAGGAGAUACGUUUUACAUCAAAAAGAGCAAAAUGUGGAACAAUAAAAAUAAAACGCUGGACAGCACAGCCUUUCAAGCGCACGCAGAGUAGCUUCGAUAUACACAGUCGCUCAUGACAGUUCUCUUUAUCUCGUUUACCGUCUCUCUCACUAAUGUAAUAUAGUGAUAUUAAUAAUAAUAUAAUUUUAGUCGAAUAAUUUCGUCGUAGCGUUGAUAAUAAUAAUAUGGUAGUUAUAUCAUACAAUAUAUACUGUAUGUACAAUAUACGGGAAAAAACCGUUACGUAUCGAGUUUAACAAAUUGUACAGCGUUAUGAGACUAACAUCGAGAUCGUCGAAACA